CCCGCCUUCAGGCCCGGCCUCGUCGCGGGGCUUCCCUCGGGGCUCCCCGGAGGCCUCCGUCCUCCUCCUCCCGCCGGCCUCUCCCCGGGCCCUGGGGCCACCAAGGCGCGCGCCGGCAGGAGCCCUGGGCCGGCAGACGGGGAGCGAGGAAGGGGGCGGCUGUGUGCGACCGUCGGGGCGUUCCGGGACGGCCGGGGCUCCCCGCAGGUGUCCUCAUGACUUCUCUUGUGGACCAUGUCCAUGAUCUUUUUUGCCUGUGUGGUACGGGUAAGGGAUGGACUGCCCCUCUCGGCCUCUACUGAUUUUUACCACACCCAGGAUUUUCUGGAAUGGAAGAGACGGCUCAAGACUUUAGGCUUGCGACUGGCCCAGUAUCCAGGUCGAGGCUCUGCAGAAGGCCGUGACUUUAGUAUACAUUUUUCUUCUUUCGGAGACGUGGCCUGCAUGGCUAUCUGCUCCUGCCAGUGCCCAGCAGCCAUGGCCUUCUGCUUCCUGGAGACGCUGUGGUGGGAAUUCACAGCUUCCUAUGACACCACCUGCAUUGGCCUAGCCUCCAGGCCAUACGCUUUUCUUGAGUUUGACAGCAUCAUUCAGAAAAUGAAGUGGCAUUUUAACUACGUAAGAUCCUCUCCGAUGGAAAGCAGCCUGGAAAAAAUUCAUGAGGAGCUCAAGUUGCAGCCUCCAGUGGUUCUCACUCUGGAGGACACAGAUGUGGCAAACGGGGUGAUGAACGGUCACACACCGAUGCCCUUUGAGCCUGCUCCUAAUUUCCGAAUGGAACCAGUGACAGCCCUGGGCAUCCUCUCGCUCAUUCUCAACAUCAUGUGUGCCGCCCUGAAUCUCAUUCGUGGAGUUCACCUUGCAGAACAUUCUUUACAGGUUGCCCAUGAGGAAAUGGGAAACAUUCUGGCUUUUCUUGUUCCUUUUGUAGCCUGCAUUUUCCAGUGUUACCUGUACCUGUUCUACAGCCCUGCCAGGACUAUGAAGGUGCUGCUGCUGCUGCUCUUCAUUUGCCUGGGCAACGUGUACCUGCACGGGCUGAGGAACCUUUGGCAAAUCCUGUUCCACAUAGGAGUGGCUGUUCUGUCUUCAUAUCAGAUACUAACAAGGCAGCUUCAGGAGAAGCAGUCUGACUGUGGAGUAUGAGGAUGACACUGUGGUGAAUGGAUUCUUUGAUUUUCUUUUGAGAAUCAGUCUAUGUUUCUCUUUCUGCUUCUCUACUUUACACUCCAGUUUCCACCCUUUUCAGCCACUGGACUGAAGAACAAGGAAUUGGGGAUGUGAAACAGUUGCAGUGGAAGUCAUGAGGCCGCUUGAUACCCAGCCUUGGUUCUGUGCCGAGCGUGACUGCAGGGUCCCCAAUUCAGCACGUUGACUUAGGACAGCUGGAUCUGGGGCCUCAUCCAGAAAGAGCUUUACUGGAAGAGCCGAAAGGAAAUAUUUUGGUCUUUUAAAUUGAAUGAUGCAGUAACCCACUAGAUUCAGUAACACUGGUUUUAGUAAUUGGCAGUUGUCUCCAAGGAGCCACUUUAAAAUCCAAAUCAGCUUCAGUCUAAAUAUAAAUUGGUUAGGUUUUUUUUUUUCCCCAGAGGGUCAGGGCAGGGUGAAUUAAAAAUCUAAAAAUAUGGUUUGUAAAUAUAAGCUAGAUAAAUUUUGUUUACAUUUUUUGAUAUCUUAGGUUUGAUAUACCUUUGGAAUAUUUAAAUAUAUUUUGGAUAUAAUUUGGACUUCAUUAAUGGUGAGGGCAAACUUAAGCUGAGAAAAUGGUUAAGAAAUCUAGGUUAAUUUAAUUUAUAUGUAUCCUUUUAUGGUAGUGGGACUGUGUGGGUACAGAAAUGUUAUAUAUUUAUUUGCAGGAUGUAUCUGAAUACUUUUCAAAUUAAUUGAAUAACCAGUACUACUAGAUGAUAAGUUUAUCAGCAUGAGCAGAAAUGAGAAUUUCAGGAUUCUUCGCAGUCGGCCACAGCCUAGAGUAGAUGAACACGGGUCCUGUGGCGCUCUAAGACCCGCUGGAGAUGCGGCUCUCGUCGGCCUUUUCAGUAGAGCUGAGCGCCUGUUCUAAUGACGGCGACUCCUGCACCCUGUGUACGGGUUCCCAGAGCGCCUCCAAAGUCAUCACUCCUCUGCAUCUUUCCCAGUCAUCUUAAUUAGCUUGAAGGCCUCAUUUUUGAUGAACAAGAGUUACAUAGCUGUUAACUUUUUAAAGCUUUAUAGAGAUAUAAUUAACAAUACUCUGGAAAGUUACUUUCUUUCAUUGUCAAAAAAUUGAUCAUGGUUUUCCAAAAUAUGGUUCUGGAUAAGAUCCCUUAGGUCUGCCAGAAUUUCAGCCUGGCUUGUUUAGUGCCACUCAGGAGGCCAUUUUGGGAGUUUGCUGUUUGGAUUGCUCUCGGUAGAAGUCUGGAAUCUGAAUAGUUCAAACACAGUUACAUGGAACAUUUUUAGUUGAAUUAUGUAGUCUUGAUAACGUUUUUUAAAAAUCCUAUUUUGAUAGUUUUUAAAAGUGAAAAACCAUUACAAAAGCUGAGUAGAUAGGGAAAAUAAGAACGUAGUUUUAGAAAGUUCAAUUGUAUUUGGUUAUCACUGGUAUUGUUAUUGAGCUACCUUGGUAUCAUUUUAAGAAAAACGAAUUUAUAUACUGGGAACUAUGUUGGGAAAAUGUUGCCAUAGUAACUUUAUUUUUUAUAACAGAGUUUUCUAUUUUUGGCCAAACAUAGAAUAUCUGGAUAUGGGCCGGGCAUGAUGGCUAAUGCCUGUAUUCUCAGUACCUUGGAAGCCAGAGCAGGACAAUCAGUUGAGGCCAGUUGUUUGAGACCAACCUGGAAAACAUAGUAAGACCCGUCUCUACAAAAACAAACAAACAGCAACAAAAGAAUUAGCCGGAUGUGAUGGCACAUGCCUGUAAUCACAGCACUUUGGGAGGCUGAGGCAGGAAGAUCCCUGGAGUCCAGGAGUUUGAGGCUUCAGUGAGCUGUAAUCACACCACUGCACCCUGGCCUGCAUGACAGAGUGAAACCCUGUCUAAAAAGCCUGGACAUGAAGAUCAUCUGGCAGCAUACUCAGACAUAAGCGCCAGCGUUGUCUCUCCAUUGAUUUCACAUCUGCAUAAUUUUCUGCAUACCCAGCAGGUGAAUUUUCAGUCUUUCUGGGAGACAGUUUUGAAGAGAUGGCAAAAUAAAAUGGGAAGUUAAGGAGGGGAGGAAAAUCAUUUUAAAUGAGAAGCACAAAAAAGCUUUAAAGUCGAUAAGAACAGCUUGAAAGUGGACUGUUUUCUUUUGAAGCCAGUGUGGCAUUGGGUUGCCGUGUAGACCUGUACCCCGGGUGCUUUGGGCAUCUGAGCCUGUGAGCCGCAUUCAGCAGGCAGUAAAGAAACGGUCCUUGAGAUGAGUCCUUCAUGGUAAUGCUUCCUGACCUCUGAGGCGCUACCUGAGAUGUUAUCCACACCAGGUCGAACGUGUGGAUAUCUGUUAAUGUCUAUGUGGGGUGAGAUUGACUUUUGCAAACAAAAGGGAAAAGAUGCACUAGGAGAGCAGUACAAAUACUGACUACGACAGCUCUGUUUGACUGAAUCCCGCUAGCUAAAAGAAUCCUCAACUCCCGGAAGGAGAGACUGAUAAUAGGAAACAAGUUCUGGUGAUUUCAUCCAGGGGAAUCCCCUCCCCAGGCUUAGGUUUGACUUGGUUCCAGGUCAAGAGGUUUAUAACCUCCUGUGUGAUCCUCCCUACCAGUAAACUGGUUCCAAAUCCCAGGAGUUUCCUCACUCCGCUGCGGACUCACUGUUGUUGUAGCACUUUUGUUUUCCCGGUGGGUAAAUGCUACCUGUGCAGCUGACCUCACUGGGCUAGAUCUGGGAAUAGAUGAAAUCAUGUUGAAAACAAAACUUUAAAGGUGCCUUCUGGUAUCAGAUGCUGCAAGGCCUUGAGCAUCAGAGUGUGUUAAGUCCCAGCUACUGUACCGGGGCCAGAGUAUGGCUCAGUGCUCUUAGGAGGGGUUUUCCAACCAAGGGGCCAAAGCCCAAAAGGUUUCCCCUUCCCUAGUAUGCUAGUGAAGGAAACGUGUUAGUCUGUUUCCCCCCAUUAGGCUAGACUUACUGUGAUGAGGACUGUGCUUGGCUUUCCUUUUCCUGAGUGGAGACAGCGGGGGCAUAUUCGGGUGGCAUUCCCUGUCAGCACCAGAGGCCCCACUGCCUGCAGCAGGAGGCAUGUGACUGUGAGCUCCUGGUUUUGCUUUUUGGGCUUGUAUCCCUCUUUUCUGUGAACUCUGGAGAAUGCUGAAAUUAAAACAUUAAAACAUUUUGAUUAAAUGAGCUUGAGCUGUGUUCUUUUCUAGGUGCUCUUAUUCUCCGACUCUCGUGCCGUUUUCUAUCUCUACCCUAUACACUCCGGCUCUGGAGACAGGCUGAAACUGGAGUCUGUGGAGGGAUGAGAAAGCCACUUUUAAUUGUAACGAAUGGGGUGGGCAGACGAGCUUCAGAGUGGGAGAAGAUUGCAUUGAGGUUCACUCUCCCACCCAUGCCUGGGAGUCAAGUCUUGGAGAGGACGAACACUCUUGGUCAGCACAGCUCAGAGUGAAAGACAACAGCCAGCAGGCCAGCAGCAAGGCGGGCCAUGUGAGGCACGGGAAGCAGGGUGUAGGCAGGGAGCAGAGCUGGGGCUUCCCCCUCUCCUGGAAGAUAGCAGCUGCCCCUUGGCAUAUGGAGGCUGCAUGCUGCACCUUGCAGCCAUUCUGUGAAAGUUGGCCACUCAUUGUAACAUGCUGGACGGUGGCCUUCUGAGAACCUGCUGCUGGCACAGUGCGGUGUAAGUGAGGACAGGCAGGAGUGGGAGUGUUCAUGGUGAUCAGGUGUGCCUGGCAAGCUGCUGUUCAGCCAUUGCUCACAUUCCAAAUGUUUUUGCACCGAAUCCUGCACAGGUCUGGGGAAGCUCUGUCUGUGCACUGUGAGUAUUAAUAAUGCUGGAGGAAUAGCGUAGCUGUUCCCUUGAGAGAGAAGGUGAGGGAGAGUGCAGCAGCAGCGGCUGUGAGCUGGCGAGUCCCUUCACCCAGUCCUGUGUCACGGUGCACAGAUCGUUGCCCAUCAGACCUCAGUUUCCUCAUCUGAUAAACGGCGAUAACAUCAAUCCGCACUCCCGCUGCUGUUACGAGGGUCAAAACUGGUAGUGGAGGGGAAUACUGGGUGAAUCCAUUGCGUGUGGGAGGAGAAAGGCUUUGCCUUCACCUGCUACUUGAAGGGUUUUUCUGCAUGCUUCAGGCAGCACAGCACAGCCAUUUCUGCCGGCCUUUACAAAAAGGCAUUUUGUUAUAAUACGGUGUAAAUGGCCCCAUUUUUUCACUCCAAAAGGUAGCAGCCCCUCUUCUUCCCACGCUGGACCUGACUUCUUCCUGGGCACAGAGCCCGUGGCACCAUUGGUGUCUGGUUUAUUCCAGGAUCCAGGGAGCUGGUUCUGCUGGUUGGACCAAACCUCAUGAGCCAUCCCUGACCCCAAUGAGAGCUCUGAUUCUCCCAUCUGGGAGCAGAGAGGUCAGACUUCUGUUGCUAGGGGAAUCUCAUCAGCAGGGAACCUGCAGCAAAGCACUUGUUAGUAAAUCUGGGAAGGGCUGGGUACGGAAACAUCUGUUCGUGUGUACUGAUGGCAGAGCUGUUCCCCGCAGGAGCCUUUUAUUUAGGGUAAAAUGAACAAAGCCGUUCUGUUCCUCCAACCCGCUCUUGGUACAUGUGAUCUUCUUUAACCCUUACGUUCAUAUGAUUCUGGGGUUGCUUGAGAAGUGUUAUUUAAUGAAUCAUUCAUAUGAUUUGCUCCUCCAGGAUUUCUGUUUUGUUUAACGGGCUUUUCUAUUAACAGCAUAAAAUACCGAGGCUGGUUUAGUCAGGGCAAAACCGUUUCCUUUACAUAUUUUAAAUACCUGCUGUUCAGGUUACACAGGCUUCUUGUUUUCUUGUAACAAUAAAUAUCUAUUUUGAGUAACUAAUGGGGACAUUUUAACAGACUCAUAUGGUAGUAUAGCCUAAAAUUGUACUUUUAAGUAUGUGAAAAUGUGUAGCCAUUUAUAUCCCGUGUAUACAUAAAUGAGGUGGCUUCAGAAAUGGCAGAAUAAAUCUAAAGCGUUUAUUAA